AUGGCCUACUACGAGCCUCAGGGUUGGCAAGCGCCUGCCGCACGCCAGGUGUCGUGGGAGCAACCUGCUCCUCCAUCGCGGUCAGGAUCAAGCUCUGUUUCGCAGCGCGAGGAAAUGCCGGCGUUUUCGUCUCAGUUUGACGAAAUCGACCGUGCCAUUGACAACCUCGUCAAGAGUGGAAAGCUGUGGAACGCUCCCCGAAGAGAUUCCAUGCCCGUCCCCAUGGGCCGCCCCUACCCCGACUACGAUCCUCGCGCAUCGGGGCCAAUGGCCCAGCGUCACCACUCCAUCAGCGAGUUUGACAACACCCGGGCACACCCUAGCCCCAAUCUCCAGGGUUUCUACGCUUCCCAGCGAUUCCAGGGUCGUCCGAAUGAAGUGGAACAGAUGAUGCAGGCAAAGCGUCGGAUGGCGGCACAGCGUGAGAGGGAGCUCCGCAACUAUCACCAGGAGCAGCAGUACAACCGAAGCCUGCUUGCCGAAAUGUCUGGGAACAAGUCCGACCGCUCCAGCAGCCCGGCCGCCAUGAGCGAAGACAGCCGCCGUGACCUUUUGGCCCGCCAGCACAGAGCUUUGUACGGCAACGAAAGCCCCGCCUUCUUCCCUCCCGGCAGUUUCGCGGAUGAGAACUCGCGCCCCAGCAGCCAAGCAGGUGGCACACCGACAUCUGCCACUGCUGUUCGUGGACCGUCCCCUCGCAGCGUUGAUCCGUUCGGCCUCACUCAGACCCCAGCAAGCACCGAUGGCAUUACUUCCACUAGCGCAUCUGCUCUCCAGUCUCCGUCGCGCGCCAACAGCACGUCCUCCCCUAGCUCUGGCAUUAACCCAGUGUUCGGAAAGUACGAUGCUGCUGACCAGCCUGUCACUUCGACCUCUUCCCCUGGUCGAGCCGAUUCGCCCUCUAGACAGGCUGCUUCCAAGCCUCUUGCAGGUCCUAUUGGUUCUGUGGGCCCCAUUGGCUCUCGCCCGGUUCAGCAGAUGGGCCCUGCUCAGGUUGCCAACCCGGCCCUGAACAAGCGUUCUACCACCCCCUUGCCAUCUCCGCUUGGCUUCGGCUUCACAUCUAGCGAUGCUACUGCUCCUGGGGCUCUCAACGAGCGUUCAGGCUCUUCCGCAUCUAACCCGCCCAACGUUUCCGCUGGAGCUCCUGGUGUCAAGGAUCCCUCUGGCCUCGGAUGGGGUAACGGAACUGGUGUUUGGGGUUCUAAGACCGGUCUUGGUGUUCAGGCGUCCGUCUGGGGUUAA